UCACACACACACGAGUCUAUUUUACUUGGGAAACGUCCUGUUUGAGGUGACCAUGACGGAAGCAGAACUGUUGCUUCAGGAAAAGAAAAAGAAGAAAAAGAACAAGAAACACCGACUAGAGUUGGCGUCAGAACCUGGCAGUCCUCAAGAGACAGCCACCGAAGUGGACUCUGUCAAGACACACAAACACAAGAAGAAGAAAUCAAAAGGACCUGAGGAAGAUGACUUUACACCAGCUGAGGUUCCAUGUGGAAUUAAUGAAGUAAAAAAGAAAAGAAAACGUGAAACAGAGAACUUAAACGUGACACGAGUGAUGACGGAAGAGUCUGCAGACGUUGCUGUUCCCCAGGAGGAAGAAGUGAAGAAGAAGAAAAAGAAAAAGAAAAGGAGGAUUGAUGAGGCGGUCUCCGCUGGAGAGAGCACAGAGGCAGACGUGUCGCCCACGCUGUUGCAAGUGGACAGUGAGGCGUGUUACGUCCCCCUUACGUCCUCCCAACAGAAGACAGCCAAGAAGAGCAAGUCGGAGAAGACCAGAAAAAACGCACCAGACAUGACACCUCACCUGGAAGAUGCUGUGGUCCAGGAGCUCAAGGAGUUUUUGCCCGACUUCCCGUUUCAUAACCUCAAGAAGGUGUUGAGUGUCAUCAAGUACGACCUGCCCCGCUUCAGAGAGUUCAAGAAGCAAGGUAUCCCUGUGCGCACCGGGAAGUUCACUGCCUCCGAGAACAAGAAGCUGCAGCUGAAUGUGAAGAACUUCCUGCUGGGCUGCGGGAUUGACCGCGCGGCGAAGCUUUUCAAACCAUACCGCUUCCCGGAUGAGAAGUUGACCAUCAUGAGACAGAAGAGACAGCUCGGGUAUAUUCGUUGUCUCUGUGCUGGGAUACCUCGUUGCUGGUUCACCAUCCUAGGACGAGCCAGGAAGAUGUUUGACGAGGAGAAUUACAUGGGAAAGUUUACAGAAGACGAGAACAAGGCCUUGAAGGAGCUGCACACACUGCAUGGGACAAACUGGAAGACCAUCUCAGACAAGAUUGGCCGCAGCAAUGAAGCUCUGAAGUACCGCUUUGCCGUGAUGUCUGAGGUUUAUGGGCCAUGGUCGGAGGUGGAGAUGAAGACGCUGUUGACCAGCGUACGGCAGCUGCUGCUGGAGAGGGCGGAGCCUGGUGCGGACGGGUCCUUGAUCAUCAAGAAGAGCGACCUGUACAAGAAGCUGGCCUGGGUGUAUGUGGCCAAGCAGCAGCAGACUCGAAGCUAUCAGCAGUGCAGGAAGAGAUGGAUGGAAUACCUCACAAGAAGAAUGUCUACUGGAGGAACGAUCAAAGGGAGGAAGAGCCUAAAUGGGCAAAUCCAGCUGAUCAAAGCACUCAAUGAAAUGGCUGUGGAGGACCCUGCAGACAUCGUCUGGGACGACCUGACUCAUCUCUUCGGGAACACUCUUCCUGACUUUCCCCGAAUGAGGUACUACCAGCUGAGGCUGACCUACGUCCCGGGCUGGAACACCAUGCCUUUCUGUGACGUCAUCGAUUUCCUGUAUGAGAAGGUGCUGCCCCAGCUGGAGGCUCAGCUGGAGACGUGUGAGGAGGAGGACAUGCCCUGUGAAGAACGCCAGACCUACAAGCUGUCCGAGAUCUUCCCCGACUCCUGACCCUCCUAGCGUGUGUGUGUGUGCGUGUGUGAGGAGGAGGAGGACAUGCCCUGUGAAGAACGCCAGACCUACAAGCUGUCCGAGAUCUUCCCCGACUCCUGACCCUCCUAGCGUGUGUGUGUGUGCGUGUGUGAGAGAGAGAGAGUGUGUGAUUUAUCUGUUUGACUCUUCCUCAGAACCAUCGCCCCCAUUUCCGUUCGUCUUCUCCUGAGAAGCCUCCGUCCAGUUUCUAACCCACCCCCCGCCACCCCCCCCCCCCCAACCCUAACACCCCCCACACCAGUAGAGCAGCGUGCUUCCUCUUCACACUGGAUCUCCCCUGACUCAUGAGCGAAUGGCCAACUCCCAAAUAAACUGGUCUGAUUGGACAGGAGAACGGCACCCAGAUACAAACUGUGAUCUGAUUGGAACAGGAUAAAGACACCCAGAUACAAACUGUGAUCUGAUUGGAACAAGAGAAAGACACUCAGAUACAUGCAGAAUGUGUAUGACAUAUUUAUGUUUAUUUUUCUUGCUUUGUGGGCCUUUUUGUAAAGAACUUCAGAUGAAAUAGUUUUAUUGAUAUUAACGAUUUAAGAAAAUAUCAGCUAUGUUUUUUGUACUUUUUCUGAAAUUGAUAUUUUGAAAUUUGAAAAUAUUAUGCAAUGUAUCAUGAUUUAGUAGUAAUAGUAAAUCAAAUGAUUUUAA